GGUCCUUUCUAGGUGAAUCUUCUGUAGCGCCAUGUUCGUUAUUGAUCGUACUAAGGUCCUUGAAUUAUUUGUAUAUGGAACAUGGGAGCCUGCAGCAGGAGUUGAACAUGAGAAGAUUUUAUACUUCUUUCCAAGUGAAAAGCCGUUAAAUGACAAACUCAAUUCUAUUGGUCUGUCGGAGGCUGUUGUUACGUUUACAAAUUCUUUUAAUUCAGUGUGUACAUCACUCUGUACGAAAAAGACCAAAAGAGUUUUUAGAAAAUUGGCACCAAAUAUAUGGAUUGUUAUUGUUGUAUCUGUACCUACAACACCGAAUAUAACAAAUGGUAAUUUAUCUGAAGAUGAUUCUAUACACUAUCAAGUUAUUGAAAGAGUUUUGGCUACUGCUUGUGAAACAUUUGAACUUUUCCACGGUAGAGUUGAUGCUGUUGUUGAAACUUAUGGUUAUGAAAUAUUGAAGGCUAAACUAGAGCAUUUCUUUUCGCGUUAUUUGCGUACAAUGCUUUUUGAACACUGUGACUUAUUGGACUGCUUCAAUGGGAUUCAAUUUACGUCUAUUGAACCAGCUAAUUUCGGUCGCGUUCAUGGCCUUCUUAGUAGAAUUGGAUAUGGUUUUAGUUGCAUAGAACAUUCUGCAUUUUUCUUUGAAGGUAGACUUGUUUAUUCUUCUCUGGAUUUAAAUUACGUUCGUUAUAUAUAUAACUACCUGAACUCCUUUUUAUUCAUUGAACAACCAGAUUUAACGCAUUCAGCAGCAACAUCUACUACAAUGACAAAAUCUAAACACCUAGGAAGGUAUCUAGUCGGUCCAAAAGACUUAUCUGAUUUGUCUCAACAGGUUAAAUGUCCACUGAUAUGUUCACCUGACUCUAAACUACCCAACUGUCAAUUGAUCACCUAUCAAGCAUUGAGAGUUGUUCUAUGCUUAUUGAUUAAGAGCACUGAUUCAAUUCCAAUGGAAUUUUUUGUGGAAUUUGAUAAAAUGGUUGGUCCACGCUUAACUUCAUUAGCUGAACGUCUUGCUUCAAGCCAGAGCAGUUCUUUUAUGGGUGGCAGCAUCUUUCCUCUGCACCUUAUGGAAGGUGCAUCAGAAAUUGAUCCUCAUAAAGUGCCGACACUUGGUGGUCUUUCAAUCAAUGAUGAUGGAAUACGUAAUGCAAUUGAAGAUCUGAACUAUGUAGAUCCUCCUUUAUCCUCAAUCUACACAAAUAGAUUCAUCUACUGGAAUCCAUCAACUUGUUCUGUAAUGACCACUUUGCAUGUGUACACCGGUUCAGGAAAGCGAUCAAUCAAAGGAGCUAAAGCACUUUUAGAUGUUAUGGUGAAUUUACGUGAAGAAUUUUCCCUCAGGCCUGAUUUAUGGCAUCAAGAAAUCACUGUCAGACUGAAUCCUCAUUGUUGGAUUGUUUGUAAACGAUCCAAUGGACGUGAGGUAUAUAUGGUUUUCAUCAUUAGACAAGAUGGUUUACGCAAAUUAGAAGAAGCCACACGGCAUGUAUACGACACAACAUUUCGAGGUGUUUUCCUAUUAGAAUGAAGCCUGGUCGAUUUCUGAUAUGGAUUGCAAUAACAGUGAUAGACAAAGCUUCCAAUUAUUAUUAUUAUUAUUAGCAUUGUCAUCAUCUACUUAUCGCAUUACUCCUUAUGUGAAAAGUGCUUCAUUUUGAUCAAAUGCCGACAGCUUCCCCCUUCCCUACCAAUUUGUGUAUAUAUGGCUGUUUACUAAUGCGCCAAAUUGUACAGUAUUUUUUUUUAAUUUCCUGUUCCCCCUCCCUUGUGGUCUUAUUCUUCUGAUCUGUAGUUGUCAUCCAAAACAAACAAAUAUAUAAUUUCUUAAAAGAUUA